UACUAUUUAAAAAAAAAAAAGGCUAUGGUUGCUUGCUAUCCUGGAAAUGGAACUGGGUAUGUUCGUCAUGUGGACAAUCCAAAUGGCGACGGGCGCUGCAUCACCUGUAUUUAUUACCUGAAUAAGAACUGGGACUCCAAGCUGCAUGGUGGAAUUCUUCGGAUAUUCCCAGAAGGAAAGUCCUAUGUAGCAGAUGUUGAGCCGAUUUUUGACCGAUUACUUUUUUUUUGGUCAGAUCGAAGGAACCCACAUGAAGUCCAGCCUUCUUAUGCAACCAGAUAUGCCAUGACUGUGUGGUAUUUUGAUGCUGAAGAAAGAGCAGAAGCCAAAAAAAAGUUCAGGAACUUAACCGAUGCAAGGAAGAGAGAAGCACCUAUUAAUGAAGACUAAUCAACUGUUCCUGAACUCUUUGUGAGGAAAUAAGAUCCCAAAGAUGACUUCUGUUUCCAGUGAACAAGUGCAAAUUCUUAUUAUGCACAAGAGCGCACUGGUUGUGUCUAGCAUGUGCAUCUUAUAUUGAUGGUACUUCAGGCAGCCUCCUGUCAUGCCUGCACCUGGCAGAAGGAACACUUGUUUUCUGUUUGCCUUUUGCUGGAAAAAGUAACCAGGGUUUAAAAAAAAAAAGGGUAUCACCAAGCCUAGUGGUAGUGGUUCAGCCAACUGGCUUUUGAUCACUCUUGUAACCAAGAUAAUGAUCAUUGGAACUUGUGGUAAAAACCAGAGUCUUAUUUGCACUUUAAGGGGG